CAAAUAUUCGUCUUUUCUACGGAAGCAGCAUAGCAUAGUUAUUAUAUGACAACCUUGUCAGUACCUAUCGGAUGGAAAGCCAAAUUUAUAUUCUUGGCCUUGGUAAUCUGGGUAAGUAUGUUGCCCACUCUCUCAAGAAACAGUCGUCAAGGACGCCUGUAACCCUUCUGAUGCAUAGGGAAAGCCUGUUGGAAGAAUGGCAACGCUGUGGGCAAACUAUCGAAUGCGUCCGCAACGGAGCUAGCGAUAAAUUGUCCGGAUAUUCGACGGAUAUGCUUUCAGGGUCCUCUCCAAUCAACAAUCUUAUCGUAACGACCAAGACAUACAAGACAGUCCAAGCACUUGCACCUAUCAGGCAUAGGCUUGGCCCCAAAUCCAACAUACUAUUUCUUCAGAAUGGAAUGGAUUUUUGCCUUUCCUGACUUGAGCGAGUCGCAAGGAACUAUCGAGGAGGUCUCCACAAGCCUAUUUAAAGAUGCCAAACUACGUCCGAGCUACUGGGCUGGUAUUGCAAGCGUGGGAAUAUAUAAGCACGGUCCAUUCUCCAUCGUGCACGCUGGCAAAGGCAGUCUAAUUCUUGGAAAAGUAGAAGGCCGCAUUGAUGCCCCCUCAGCAGAAGAUGUGGGCGGCGGGAACUUUAUGGUGCAACGCCUCCUCGAAGCAGACGGACUUGCAGCCACUUUGGUGGAGCCCGAGUUGCUCAGGAUUUCGCAACUCCGAAAGCUCGCGGCCAACGCGAUAAUCAACCCAUUGACGGCCUUGUUUGGCUGCGUUAAUGGUGGAGUUUUUGGCAGCCCAUCCCGGCAAAAUAUCAUUCAGCAACUUAUAUCAGAAACGGGAGAAGUAAUACGUGCCCUUCUACCAUCCUCUAGCGCUAGAGAAGAAAUCGGAGAGCAGUUCUCCGACCAGGGCCUUUCCCAGUAUAUUCUGGAGGUGGCGACAAAAACAGCAAAGAACUCUUCAUCGAUGCUGCAAGACUUCCGGGAGGGCAGGGAGACCGAGAUUGGGUACAUCAACGGAUACAUUGUAGAACAGGCUAAGAGACUUGGGCUGCCGCACGCGCGCAAUUCGGCCCUUGUAGAUAUGAUCAAACAAGGGAAAGCCCUGUCCGAGGAUGACGAGGUUAUUCCCAAGCUUUCCGGACCGCCAUAG